AUGAUCCCCGAGGAGAGGCCGGACGGCCCGGGCGCCGGCGAGGAGAGCGCGAGGCUGGAGGAGGCAGGCAGCGGCUCUGACCCCCUGGCCCAGAUACCACGUGGCCACCCUCAGAGCCGCAGGGCCCGGGUCCACCAGCAGAUCACCAAGGAGCUGCGGAUGCGAACGGGUGCCGAGAACCUCUAUAGAGCCACCAGCAACGCCUGGGUCAGGGAGACAGUGGCCCUGGAGCUGAGCUACGUCAACUCCAGCCUGCAGUUGCUGAAGGAGGAACUGGAGGAGCUCAACGGCAGUAGCGGUCCCACCUCAGAGUGUGGGCUCCAUGGCUCUGGUUCCAGUGAAGGUAUCACUGUCCCUAUGAUCCCCCUGGGGCUGAAGGAGACCAAGGAGCUGGACUGGUCCACACCGCUGAAGGAGCUGAUCUCUGGGCACUUUGGAGAGGACAGUGCCUCCUAUGAGGCCGAAAUCAAGGAGCUGGGAGACCUGCGGCAGGCCAUUCGGACCCCCAACCGGAGUGAGGUGGGCCUGGAGCUGCUCAUGGCCUACUACAACCAGCUCUGCUUCCUGGACGCACGCUUCGUCGCCCCUCCCGGGAACCUCGGGCUACUCUUCCACUGGUACGACUCGCUCACGGGCCUCCCGGCCCAGCAGCGGGCCCUGGCCUUCGAGAAGGGCAGUGUGCUUUUCAACAUUGGGGCCCUCCACACCCAGAUCGGGGCUCGCCAGGACCGCUCCUGCCCCGAGGGCACCAGGCGCGCCAUCGAGGCCUUUCAGAAGGCUGCUGGGGCCUUCAGCCUCCUGAGGGAGAACUUUUCUGGAGCACCCAGCCCUGACAUGAGCCCAGCCUCACUCUCCAUGCUGGAGGGACUCAUGACUGCCCAGGCCCAAGAGUGCAUCUUUGAGGGUCUCUUGCUGCCGUCUCCUGAAGCCCCCCAGGAUUGCCUGGCCCAGCUACGCCUGGCUCAGGAGGCAGCCCAGGUGGCAGCUGAGUACAGGCAGGUGCAUCGGACCAUGACCCAGCCACCUGUCCGAGACUAUGUGCCCUUCCCCUGGACCACCCUGGUGCACGUCAAGGCGGAGUACUUCUGCGCCCUGGCCCACUACCACGCAGCCGUGGCCCUCUGCGACAGCCCCCCAGCAGCCGAGGAGGACUUCCCAGUGCUGCCGCAGGCCUUCCUUGGGCCCCCGGCCACGUCGGAGCCGUGGGGCGCUGUGUUGCCUCAGGAGCAGGAGGAGCGCAGGAAUCUGGGCAAGGCCCACCUGAAGCGCAGCAUCCUGGGCCAGGAGGAGGCGCUGCGGCUGCACGCCGUGUGCCGGGCCCUGCGCAGGGUGGACCUGCUACAGGCUGUGCUGGCCCAGGCGCUGCAGCGCUCGCUGGCCAAGUACUCGGAGCUCGACCAGGAGGACGACUUCUUGGAGACCGCGGAGGCUCCUGACAUCCUGCCUAAAACACAGCAGAAGCCAGAGAUCAGGGCGCCCAGCUUCUCCAGGGUGAAGGUGACCGAUAUCUUCCAGCGGCUGGGGCCCCUGUCAGUGUUUUCGGCCAAGAACCACUGGCGGCUGGCCGGGCCCAUGCGCGUGACCCGCGGAGAGGCCGGCUUUGGGCUCACGCUGCGCGGAGACGCGCCUGUCCUCGUUGCCGCUGUCAUGCCGGGGGGCCCAGCCGCGGCAGCCGGCCUGCAGGAGGGCGACUACAUCGUGUCCCUGAAUGGGCAGCCCUGCAAGUGGUGGAGGCACGCCGAGGUGGUGGCGCGGCUGAAGGGCGUGGGUGACGAGGGUGUGAGCCUGCAGGUGGUCACGCUACUGCCCAGGGCGGAGCCCCCUGGCACGCGUGGCACCCAGUCCUUACGGGACCCCCAGCUCGCCGCUGACAGGCCAGCCCUGGUCACUCCCCGGGCUGGGCAAGAGGUGCUGACUGACCCCUUUCUAUCCCGGCUGCAGGGGCACCGCCGGCCAGCCCUGGGAGGGCUUCUGAGGAUCCAGAAGGAGUUUCUUGCGGUCCCCCCAUCCUGCCUGACUCCCAGCCCCGCGGCUGCUGUCCAGGCCUCCUCUGUGCUUCCCGCCAGGCCUGGCCCCCCGCACUCCCCUCAGUCCGCCCUGGCGGGGCCCUGGGUCUGCAGAGGGGUGGGGGCGCGGGGCCGGACAGGGGAGAAGCCCCGAGGAGCGGCGGGCGGGUCUGGGGGCCGGGUUUGCCGGGAGUCCGCGUGGCCACCAGGGGGCGGCCGCUGCCCGCGCCAGCAGCGGCUGGAGGCAGCUUGGGGGGCGGGGGAGGGACGGCCGCAGGCGCGGGAGAGCGCCGAGGCCCACCUGCGAGCCGGGGCCCCACCCCUCCUUGCACCCGCGUCCCGUCCCCUCUGCGGGGGCAGUGCUGUGCUGGUCCCCGCCGUCCCGCCGCGGUGUUCACCGCAGGGUGGGCUGAGUCGGGGUGGCGCGGAGCCCCGGACGCCGGGGCGGGCAGCCUUCUGGAGGAGGGCAGGGCUCCCCGCCUGCCCGAGCCUGGGCCGAGGGCGGCCAGGGUCAAGUUCUGGGCUGCAGGAGGCAGUGCUGGGCCCACCCUUCACCCCAGGCGGGGCAGGGACGGACAUCAAGUGGAGUCUCACCUCUCCUGGCCCCGGCCCCGGCCCCAGCCCCAGCCCCAGCCCCUGCCCGGGCGGCGACAAACCCCUUUUCCAGAGAGGGAAGUACGCGAUGGGCCACAGGCAGGGACCACGCCACCUCUUCUACAAGUUCCAUGAAUACCUGGGAAGAUUCAGGGACCUGAGGCCUGAGCCCAGCAAGCCCAAGGCCGCUGUGCUGCCCCAGGCAGGGCCUUUGCUGGAGAAGCUGCCCUCAGCCGAGCUUGCUCCCUGA